UUUGUGCUCCUCCUCUCUCAUUAUCUCUCUUUCACAGACACAGGACCAGGAAGUAACUAAUCAUUUUGGAGAAAACAAACUGCUCUCUCUCUGUCUCUCUCUCGUUGUGAGUUCAGGAAAAUGGCUGAGGCCAGUAUUUCAGUAGCUCAGGACCAGUUCAUGUGUCCAGUGUGUCUGGAUCUCCUGAAGGAUCCGGUGGCUAUCCUCUGUGGUCACAGUUUCUGUAAGGUGUGUAUUAAUGACUGCUGGGAUCAGGAGGAUCAGAAGGGCGUCUACAGCUGUCCUCAGUGCAGAGACACUUUCACGACAAGGCCUGUUCUACACAGAAACAACAUGCUGGAUGAAGUGGUGGAGAAACUGAAGAAGACUGAAGUCGAAGCUGCUUCUCCUGCUCACUGUUACGCUGGACCUGGAGAUGUGGAGUGUGAUUUCUGCACUGGGAGAAAACACAAAGCCGUCAAGUCCUGUCUGAUGUGUUUGGCUUCAUUUUGUGAAAUUCAUCUGAAACCUCACUAUGAAGUUUCUUCAUGGAAAAAACACACAUUAAUUGAAGCCUCAGUAAAACUCCAAGAGAAGAUCUGCUCUGAACAUAACAAGCUGAUUGAGAUCUACUGUCGUACUGAUCAAACCUGCAUCUGUUAUUUGUGUAUGAUGGAUAAUCACAAAGGUCACGACACCGUCACAGCCACAGCAGAAAGAGCUGAGAAACAGAGUGAGUUAAAGGAGGAGCAGAUGAAAUCCCAGCAGAGAAUCCAGGAGAAGCAGAAGAAGGUGCAGGAGCUGAAACAGGCUGUGAACACUAUAAAGCUCAAUGCACAAACCGCAGUGGAGGACAGUGAGAGGAUCUUUACUGAGCUGAUCAGCUCCAUGGAGAAAAAGCGCUGGGAGGUGACGGAGCUGAUCAGAGAUCAGGAGAAGGCUGAACUGAGUCGAGCUGAACGACUCCUGGAGCAACUGGAGCAGGAGAUUGCUGAUCUUCAGAGGAGAGUCACUGAGCUGGAGCAGCUUUCACACACACACGAUCACAUCCAUUUCCUCCAGGUUUUAGCUUCUGGACGUCGGUCUCCUCCAUGGAGCAGACCAACAUUUCACACAUCCAGCAUCACUGUCCAUCAACAUUUCUCAUUUGAUGGAGUGAGGAAUUCUCUCUCAGAUCUGAAAAAGAGACUCGAGGAAUUCUGUGAGGAGGAAUUCAACAAAAUCCCUCCACAUGCUGCAGCAGUUCAGAUCAUUUCAGGGCCAGAACCACAGAGCAGAGAAGAGUUUCUGAAAUAUUUCUGUUAUCUGACUCUGGAUCCCAACACGGCACAUCGUCUCAUCAUUCUGUCUGAGAAGAACAGAGCGGUGAGAGUCAGUGAGAGAGAGCAGCGUUACUCUGAUCAUCCAGAGAGAUUUGAUUCCUGCUGGCAGGUGUUGUGUAAGGAGAGUGUGUGUGGACGCUGUUACUGGGAGGUGGAGCGGAGCGGUGCUGCUGGUGUGUUCAUAUCAGUCUCAUAUAAAGACAUCAGCAGGAAAGGACGGGGUAAUGAGUGUGGGUUUGGAUACAACAAUCAGUCCUGGAGUCUGUGGUGGUCUUCUUCUUCUUCUUCUUUCUAUCACAACAACAUUAAGACUGCUCUCAGAGUUCCAUUAGCCUCCAGAAUAGGAGUGUAUGUGGAUCACAGUGCAGGAACUCUGUCCUUCUACAGCGUCUCUGACACGAUGAAGCUCCUCCACAGAGUCCACACCACAUUCACUCAGCCUCUAUACGCUGGGUUUGGGUUCUACAAAGUUUCUGGGUUACCGUUCUACUGGGUUUCUGGUUCUACUUCAUUUUGGAGAAAACAAACUGCUCUCUCUCUCUCUCUCUCUCUCUCUCUCUGUGAGUUCAGGAAAAUGACCGAGGCCAAUAUUUCAGUAGCUCAGGACCAGUUCAUGUGUCCAGUAUGUCUGGAUCUCCUGAAGGAUCCGGUGGCUAUUCCCUGUGGUCACAGUUUCUGUAAGGUGUGUAUUAAUGACUGCUGGGAUCAGGAGGAUCAGAAGGGCGUCUACAGCUGUCCUCAGUGCAGAGACACUUUCACGACAAGGCCUGUUCUACGCAGAAACAACAUGCUGGAUGAAGUGGUGGAGAAACUGAAGAAGACUGAAGUCCAAGCUGCUUCUCCUGCUCACUGUUACGCUGGACCUGGAGAUGUGGAGUGUGAUUUCUGCACUGGGAGAAAACACAAAGCCGUCAAUUCCUGUAUGAUGUGUUUAGCUUCAUUUUGUGAAACUCAUCUGAAAACUCACUAUGAAGUUUCUUCAUGGAAAAAACACACAUUAAUUGAAGCCUCAGCAAAACUCCAAGAGAAGAUCUGCUCUGAACAUAACAAGCUGAUUGAGAUCUACUGUCGUACUGAUCAAACCUGUAUCUGUUAUUUGUGUACGAUGGAUCAUCACAAAGGUCACGACACCGUCACAGUAGCAGCAGAAGGAGCUGAGAAACAGAGUGAGUUAAAGGAGGAGCAGAUGAAAUCCCAGCAGAGAAUCCAGGAGAAGCAGAAGAAGGUGCAGGAGCUGAAAAAGGCUGUGAACUCUAUAAAGCUCAGUGCACAGACAGCAGUGGAGGACAGUGAGAGGAUCUUUACUGAGCUGAUCAGCUCCAUGGAGAAAAAGCGCUGGGAGGUGACGGAGCUGAUCAGAGAUCAGGAGAAGGCUGAACUGAGUCGAGCUGAACGACUCCUGGAGCAACUGGAGCAGGAGAUUGCUGAUCUUCAGAGGAGAGUCACUGAGCUGGAGCAGCUUUCACACACACACGAUCACAUCCAUUUCCUCCAGGUUUUAGCUUCUGGACGUCGCUCUCCUCCACUUAUCAGACCAGAUUUUCACACAUCCAGCAUCACUGUCCAUCAACAUCUCUCAUUUGAUGGAGUGAGGAAUUCUCUCUCAGAUCUGAAAAAGAGACUCGAGGAAUUCUGUGAGGAGGAAUUCAGCAAAAUCCCUCCACAUGCUGCAGCAGUUCAGAUCAUUUCAGAACCAGAACCACAGAGCAGAGAAGAGUUUCUGAAAUAUUUCUGUUAUCUGACUCUGGAUCCCAACACGGCACAUCGUCACCUCAUUCUGUCUGAGAAGAACAGAGCGGUGAAAGACAGUGGGAGAGAGCAGCAUUACUCUGAUCAUCCAGAGAGAUUUGAUUCCUGGGAGCAGGUGUUGUGUAAGGAGAGUGUGUGUGGACGCUGUUACUGGGAGGUGGAGUGGAGCGGUGCUGCUGGUGUGUUCAUAUCAGUCUCAUAUAAAGACAUCAGCAGGAAAGGACGGGGUAAUGAGUGUGGGUUUGGAUACAACAAUCAGUCCUGGAGUCUGUGGUGUUCUUCUUCUUCUUCUUUCUAUCACAACAACAUUAAGACUGCUCUCAGAGUUCCAUCAGCCUCCAGAAUAGGAGUGUAUGUGGACCACAGUGCAGGAACUCUGUCCUUCUACAGCGUCUCUGACACGAUGAAGCUCCUCCACAGAGUCCACACCACAUUCACUCAGACUCUAUACGCUGGGUUUGGGUUCUACAAAGUUUCUGGGUUACCGUUCUACUGGGUUUCUGGUUCUACUGUGAGAUUGUGUGAGCCAUAGUAAAAAAAAAAAAAGUCUGUUGUGUUUUCUGUAAAAUUCCUGCACGUUCUUGCUCAGUCGUCCAUUUCACGAGAACACAGUCCAGCUGCACAAAAAAACACUCAUUUUAAUAUUUAAGUUCAAACAUGUAUAAUGUAAAUCUAUAAUAAUUAAAGGUAGACGCCCUUUCAGAUUUUUCAAAUUUAGGCCACAAAAAGAAUUUUCCCUGACACCUAAUUAUUUUUUUCGUGGACCGAAAGCUACUGAAUUCGAGACUCAGACUUCAAAUUUUAUGACUGUUUUUCCUAAAAGAACAAUUAAUGAAUUUAGAGCCACGUGGCCCUCAAUUCUCUGCCAUUUUUUCUUGCCUCACCGUGACCUAAUCCAACAUGCUAUGUUGUGCAUGAGGUGGUGGGGUUUCCCUGUUGUGGGAUACAAGUUUGCAACCUGAGAGAACAAUGGAGGACGUGAGUGUGCGCAUGAAACACACAAGACCGGCUACAGUAACGGAAACUGUGAGGAAAAGAUCCUGUUUUGUGAAGCAAAGGAAACGCAGGACCAAACUAAUAAAUAUGAACGAUCAGAUAUCCUGUCACUCCUUCAAUCAAACUUUAGAGAUGUUUUUUCUCUCCUCAGGCUCAUGUCUGAAACAGGUGGGUUAUACAGGAAAUUCACGAGGUUAUACAAAAGUCGAGUUUAGGAAAGUCUAUUAGUGGCAUUACAAAUGUAGUGGAGGGUUCGUAUUCCCAAAACUAUUACUUCUGAUCACUACGUUUGGCAAAAACAGUAGCAAAGACAAAAAUCAAAAAGAUGAAUGGAACGGCUUUGCUGAUCUAGUGGACACUGAAACAGGCAGGCGGGAUCAAUGUCACUUUCGUUUUUAUUUUUUAAACUGUCACUUAACACAAAACACGCUUUUCAGCAGUUUCAAAAUAAACUAUGUGCCACUGCACCGACGUGAUUUCAGCCAGGGACAGAGAUUCACACUGCACACACACACACACACACACACACACACACACACACACACACACAGCACCUUCACCGGGCUCAUGCUCCACUCACCAACCGGCACUUGACCACACCCCCCACCACAGUGAAAAAGAACCAUAUACUGUCUUGCUCAAUGAAAUAAACUGCACAGUAUGAUAGUGAAUCGAGAGGUUGUUCACCAGAAGUUGUGCAAUAUAGGUGUAUAGUCUAAUUACACACAUUUUCGCUCAGCGGUCUUACCAUCACAAUGAUAAAAAAAGAACCUUCUAUGUAAACUAUCUAAUGCACAGGAAUAAUAUUUACAUUGUGAAAUCAAUACAUAAUUUUCGUUAUGACUAAUGAAUAUUGACUAGAAUACGCUCAAUGUUUAUUGUUUAUUGCACAUACAAGAACAAAAUUCAUCUCAUCUCAUCUCAUUAUCUCUAGCCGCUUUAUCCUGUUCUACAGGGUCACAGGCAAGUUGGAGCCUAUCCCAGCUGACUACGGGCGAAAGGCAGGGUACACCCUGGACAAGUCGCCAGGUCAUCACAGGGCUGACACAUAGACACAGACAACCAUUCACACUCACAUUCACACCUACGCUCAAU